ACCGAUUCAGUUCAUAAAAUUCUACAUGGUAUCAGAGCCUUUUCUGGGAAGUUAUGUAAAACCCUAGAAGUCAUCUGUCCACUGUCGCCGUUGCUCCUCGUCCCGUCGCCGUCCGUUUCUUUUCGCCACCGGUCAGGUCUGUCUCUCGUCGCCGGUAGUCUGUCUCGCCGUCGUCGCUCUUGUCUUCACUGGUCGUGCGUCAUCUUCUCACCAUGUCAGCCGAAGGUAACCCUAAGAAAACAAGAUUAAUUCAUGAUCCGUCGUCCGUGUAUUAUCUACACCCUUCCGAAGGUCCCAGUAAUUCCUUGACCAAAUAUCUUUUAAAAAGUGAUAAUUUUGAUAUUUGGGAAAAGGCGAUACGUAAUGCACUUGGUGGUCGUGGUAAAUCUAUAUUCUUGUCCCCCGGUGGUAUUCCCCAACCCACCGAUGAGCAUGAGUUAUCUGCAUGGUCUGCCAAUAAUCAAAUAAUUUGUAGUUGGAUCUUCAACAGUGUUGAUGAGUCGAUUCAACCUAGUAUUGUUUCUCAUACUGUUGCAUCUGUGCUUUGGGAGGCUUUGAAGAAGCGUUACAGUUGUUCUAAUGGUCCUCGUGUGUACCAGUUAAAAUCUGAGUUGAAUUCCUUGCGGCAAAAGGGUCAAACGGUCGUCUCCUAUUACAAUCAGUUCAUCACUUUGUGGAAUCAACUCAAUGGUACAUCUGAUCCCACCAACGGCUGCAAGUGUGAGGCGGCUGCCCUCACGCGUGCUCGUAUUGAACGAGACAAAACCAUUGAUUUUUUACUCGGCUUGGAUGAUGAACAGUUUGGUUCCAUUCGGUCCCAAAUUCUUGGAACCGAACUUGUGGUAGACAUUGACCGUGCUUAUUAUCUGGUUUCUCAGGAGGAACGUCACCAGCACAUUGUGCGUGCUCGUGAUGAUCGUACAGACUCAGUUGCCUUUGCGGCUAAGUCGGAUCGCCGUCCAUACUCGUCUGGCAAAUUGUUAUGUUCUCAUUGUGGACGGACUAAUCAUAAUGUGGAAACAUGUUUUGAGUUAAUCGGUUUUCCAUCUCAGUACGGUCGUGGAGGAGGUACCCGUGGUGGAGCAACCCGUGGUGGCCGUGGGGCUGGUCCACCCGUCGGUAGAGGAGGCCGCGGACCUGGUGGUGGCACGGGCAGUGGGACUGCUCCGUCCGGCCGUGGCAGUGGGUCGGCUACUGUCCCUGCCGCGGCAGUGCAUGCUGCCUCGGGAGAUACGAAUGGUGCUCUUAGUGAUCAGAUGAGCCGUCUCAUGUCUAUGUUGGAAGCUUCUGCCUCACACACAUAUUCGGGAAGGUUAUUGGUUUCGAUUUUGGAUUUCACCAGGAAGAUGAACAAUUGAGAGAAUAAUGAUCGUUUUGGGUUUAAAGCUUCAAACUCAACACGGGUUUGAGAAUGAAUAUGUGAGAAAGGAUGAAGUUUAAUUGGAGAGAGAGAUAGAGAGGGCGGUGUGAAUAUAUAAUUUUAACAAUGUUCUUAACGGAAAUGCUAACAAAAAACUAUUUAUGGAAAACUAUAUAAUAAUUGUGGACUAAAUUA